GUGUAAAAGCCAUGGUGGAUAACCGAUAUGCCACAGCUCUGGUGAUCGGCUCGGUUUUGAGCCUCCUGGCCACAGUCUACCUCUCUGUGGCUGUGGGAACUCAGCACUGGUUCCAGUACAGCAGCCCGCCACCCAAAGAGGGUAUCAACCUGUCAGAGCUCGCAUCUAAGUUUUUAAACAAUGAGUUUGAGGAGAAGACCUACAACGAAACCAUGUUCCUUCUGAACGGCACACUGGGACUGUGGUGGUGGUGUGUCCAGGUCCCYAGCCCGUCACCUUGGUACAAACCUCUAGAUGCCAAGAUGGAGACCAGAUGUGAGAGCUUCACCCUUUCUCAGCAAUUCAUCCCAAAGUUCAAACCUCCAGGAAAUGACAAGAGUGAUGAAGAUCUGCUAAGAACAUACCUGUGGAGGUCCCAGUUUCUCCUACCUUUGGUGUCACUAGCACUGGUGUUUCUUAGUGGUCUUGUGGGGGUCUGUGCCUGCCUCUGCCGUAGCUUCACCCCAACUUUGGGUGUUGGAGUACUCCAUUUUCUUGCAGGUCUGUGCUCUCUGGGCACGGUGUGCUGUUUCCGGGCGGGUGUUGAUUUGCUCCACUUCAGUUACUCGCCACCAGAAGGGGUCGAGGGUUCGAUGGGCUGGUCUCUCUACCUCGCCCUCAUCUCCUUCCCUCUGCAGAUGAUGGCAGCYGCCUUGUUCCUGUGGGCAGCCAAAAGCCACCGCAAAAACUACACCCCCAUGCAYGCUUAUAGGGUAGCAUAAAAGAGAGCAAUACGUUUUAUACAACCAGCAGAUCUCAAYGCUUCCUUAAGAGGGGUUUCUGGUUCAAGGAGGUUCUCAGUAGAAUGCAGUAUGCAGGUUGUUUGACUUUCUCUGUAAUAGUUGUUUUUUUUUUUUAGAAAAACAGUUACAGGGUAUCACAAACCAAAAUGGGUAAAUAAGUUAGUAUGCAGCUAAUCAUCAGAGAUUGGUUUGAGUGGCUUUAUAUCUCAUUUUUGCCUUUUUCACCUCUAUGAUUUAUCUAAUACCAAGUGCAUGUUUUAGUAGAUGUUUUUAUCUUUUGAUGUUAAAUUAGUUUCUGUGCUCUACUGGUGUUUUGCUCUCCAGCUUUUUUAUUUACUGUUUGGUUGCCAAUUCUUCUGAAGCUGCUCACCACAUCGUCCUUAAUAAWGUUCCUGUUUAUAAAAUUGCAUUGUCUGGAGGUAUCCAAGUCAAGGUAGCCGUUUCUGUUUGACAAAACUAUCUAGCGCACCUGUCRUUUUGGUAUUUUGUUCUCAUGUUUGCAUGAUUUUAAAUAUCAAGUUUUGCAUGCCUUUCAAGCUGACCUUUCCAUCAUCUGUGGUAAUUGUGGGUUUCAGCCUGUGGUAAAUAACCACUAAAUGUCAGGAAAUGUCACUCUCUAGAAAAGGAGCCACUCACCUUCUAUUGUCACUCCGAUAGAGCUAAUUUGUGUUUUAUGUAAUUGAAUUAAAAUACAUCCUGUGUUGGAGUAAAAUAUGUUUAACUUAUUUCAUAGAUGACUAAGAAAACAACUGAGAUUAUUAAAAAAAAAAACUCCCAUCAAUCUAAAUAAGUAMAUUUUAAACCUAAACUUACAAGAAAAGUAUGGUUUGAGUUGUUAAAUCUCAAAGAAAAAGUCGGCUAUUUUUUUGUACGAAUUCUUUUACUCUGAGUUCAUUUCUCCAAUGGUUAGUACAAGUACAAGAAUGUCUGAUUUUGUGCCACAAUGUUUGGUUACAUGUUUGAUAAAAUCUUGUUUUGCCUUUGUGCACAUUGUUUCUGUAUCAAUAAAUUUAAUAUUCUCUGA